AUGUCUUCACCACAGCAGCGGUUGAACUCGGUUGCAAAGCAGCUGUCGCCUUCGAGCACUUCUGCUGCUAAGCAGAAGAUUCUCUCUAAGAACCCCGAUGACGUGGUUAUCACCUAUCUCGCGCGCACGCCACUUACAAAGGCCCGCAAGGGAGGAUUCAAAGACACCACCGUCGAUAACCUUCUGAUCUCCCUGCUCACCACCGUGCGCGAAAACUCCAAGAUCGACCCCAACCUCGUCGAAGAUGUCUGCGUCGGCAACUGCCUGGCGCCAGGCGCCGCAUACCUUGCCCGUUCUUCCGUCUUGGCCGCCGGGUUCCCCGUGAGCACCGCCGCCUCGGUCACCAACCGAUUCUGCUCCUCGGGCCUGCUGGCCGUGCAGAACAUCGCGAACCAGAUCAUCGCCGGAUCGAUCGAUGUCGGCAUCGCGGUGGGCGCCGAAAGCAUGAGCACCAACGCCGACGGUGGUGCGCCUGAGAUGGCGGAGCGUAUUCGCUCGCACCCGACCGCGUCGCAGAACUAUUUCCCCAUGGGCCAGACCUCGGAAAAUGUCGCGGCACAAUUUAACAUCUCGCGGGAGCAGCAUGAUAAGUUUGCUGCGGGUAGCUACCAGAAGGCCGAGCACGCGCAGAAGGCCGGCUGGUUCGAGGAUGAGAUCGUUCCUAUCAAGACCCAGAUCAAGGAUGCCAAGACUGGCCAAGUCAAGGAUAUCGUGGUUGACCGGGAUGACGGUAUCCGCUACGGUACGACUGCCGAGGGUCUCGGCAAAAUCCGUUCUGCUUUCCCUCAAUGGCAGCCCAGUGCCACUACUGGCGGCAAUGCCAGCCAGAUCACGGACGGUGCUGCUGCGCUGGUUCUGAUGAAGCGGUCGCAGGCUCAGGCACUGGGCCAGCCCAUCGUUGGAAAGUUCUGCGGUGCUACCGUUGCUGGACUGGAGCCGAGAAUCAUGGGCAUUGGUCCGUCUCUGGCUAUCCCCAAGAUUUUGAACAAGUUCGGCUUGAGCAAGGAUGAGAUUGACGUUUUUGAAAUCAACGAGGCAUUUGCCUCUAUGGGUGUCUACUGUGUGAACAAGCUGGGAUUAGAUGAGGCCAAGGUGAACCCGCGUGGUGGUGCUAUUGCAUUUGGUCACCCUCUCGGUGCUACCGGAGCUCGGCAAGUGGUCACUGCUUUGGCUGAGCUACGUCGCCAAGACAAGCGCGUUGCAGUGACUUCGAUGUGUGUGGGAACUGGCAUGGGCAUGGCUGGUAUCUUUGUAUCUGAGCAUUAA